UCGCUUUUCCAUCCUGGGGCGAUGACGUAGCUGCGAACAGUCAACAGACGCGCGGUCGGUCCGGACCGGAGCUACACCGGGCCACGGUUUUUCUCUUUUCCCCGCUGCCUGCGCGUUUUAGCGAUCUGUUUAACGUCGUUCACACAAGGCGGCCGGAAUAGACUGUUUACACGCAGCAGACGAGGCCGUUUGUGGCGGUGUUUGUGCUCCGGAGCGCGACGCCUGUUUUUAUUUGUGUUCACUGCGACACGGAAAGUGACAGAGCAGGAUCCCUCGUCUUGACAGCUUUAAAACACUCCUGGAGCCUUAAACAUGCUGUUGCACUUUACUUCAUUGGCUUAAAGAGUCAGUUUUAGUACUUUAGUCGUCUUGCUGUAGGAGAGCAGGCCGGUGGAGAAAGCUUCAUCUUCGUCAUCUUCAUCAUCACCUUCAUCAUCCCACGCCUGGUUUUUAUAAUCUAAUGUUUCAGAUUUAAAUACAUCUGUCAGUGCUUAACUUAUUCUUGAACACGAUGAGAGGAAAGCAACAGUAUUAAUGGUGGACAGGGACCUAAAGAGCACAAUGUUGUCAACAUGAUGUGAGAUAUUCUCUCUUAAUGCGGAUUAAACUGAUUCAGAUUGACUUUGAAAGAUGUUGUAGGUGUUUACAACUUUCUUAGGAUUGCUAAAGAAACGAAUCAAGACAGGAUAGAGUUAAAUGCCUUAUGCAACCCUUUAAAUCAAUACUAGCGACCGUAUGAAUUGAGUGAGGUGCAUAAAUAAGAGAUUGUUUACAGCUAUGAUGUGAGCUUUUAGUAUGCAAUGCGCUUAUUAAGGAAAUAUUGAACUGGGUUUGAGAGGAUUGAACUGUUUUGUAGGUGAUUGAGGGAACUUCUCUUAGUUUUGACAGGCAGCGGCGUGUGCUCCAGCUCCCUGGAAAUGAGAAGAUGAAUUGUGAGGAACAAGCUGUAGAUUUGUGCAGUGCUAUAGAUUUGUGCAAUGUGCCUGACAACACUAUAUCACAACCCGUGGACGAGAUCCUUCCCCGUGACGGCCUCCUGCUGAUGGAUGGAGAUCUGGGGGAAAGGGACGCUACCGUCCUGACCAGGUUAAAAGACGUCCAUCCCAAGGAUGAUGGUUCUUCUGAGCUCAAAGCACCACAUAGUAAAAACAACGGAUCUGUUGCGGUGUCAGCCGACCCUGUUAACGGUUCUGCCGGUGAUUUGCAACAGAAUACAAGCAAGUUUGAGGCACCACCGGUUGGAGAUGACGGGGAUGAUGAUGGUGGUGAGAUGGAUAUCGGUGUGGAUUUAAGUCUGGAUGAAAAUGGCGUUUUGGAGUUCGAGCCAACAGCUCAGACUCAAAAUGAGGAAAGUGCCUCUCAUUGUGAAAACUCCUUAACAUCAGAAGCUGACAUAGAACUGCAUUCACAGCAACCUCCGGAAGAACGUCGUGAGGAUGUGUCCUCAGAAACCACGUCAGCGGCUACAACACCAGGCAAUGGAGCUGGGAUUAAGCACGGGUCCAAAAGGGUGACCUUUCCAUCAGACGAAGACAUCGUCUCGGGUGCGGUUGAGCCAAAGGACCCUUGGAGACACGCCCAGAAUGUGACGGUGGAGGAGAUUCUGAAUGCCUACAGACAAGCAUGCCAGAAGCUCAACUGCAAACCAAUCCCUAAAGUGCUCAAACAGAUACAGGACUUAAAAGACCUGACACAGCGAAACGAGUGCCUAGAACUCAAAGGAGAGAAGCUGGAUUAUAAAUCAUGUGAAUCUCUGGAGGAGAUCUUUAAGAGGGUGCAGUUUAAAGUGCUGGAUCUGGAACAGACAAACUUAGACGAGGAUGGAGCAUCAGCUUUGUUCGAUAUGAUAGAGUACUAUGAAUCCGCCACUCAUCUCAACAUCUCCAGCAACAAGCACAUCGGCACACGCGGCUGGCAGGCCGCCGCGCACAUGAUGAGGAAGACGAGCUCUCUGCAGUAUCUGGACGCCCGUAACUCGCCGCUGCUGGAUCAUUCAGCCCCGUUCGUGGCCAGGGCUCUGCGGAUCAGCGGCAGUCUCACUGUCCUGCACCUGGAGAACGCCGGCAUCUCAGGACGACCGCUGAUGCUGUUGGCCACAGCACUAAAGAUGAACAUGAACCUCAGAGAGCUGUAUUUGGCCGAAAACAAGCUGAGCGGUCUGCAGGACUCGGCCCAGUUGGGGAAUCUGCUGAAGUUCAACUACAACAUCCAGAUUCUGGACCUGAGAAACAAUCACAUACUGGACUCAGGGUUGGCGUAUAUAUGUGAGGGUCUGAAGGAGCAGAGGAAGGGUUUGGUCACUCUGGUGCUCUGGAACAACCAGCUCACGCACAAUGGCAUGGGAUACCUGGCUGCCGCUUUGCCGUUCACUCAGAGCUUGGAAACACUGAACCUGGGCCAUAACGCAGUGGGGAACGAAGGAGUGCACAAACUAAAAGACGGACUCAUAGCAAACCGGUCCAUCCUCAGGCUGGGUCUGGCCUCCACCAAACUCUCCUGUGAAGGAGCGGUCGCUAUCGCAGAAUUCAUCGCUGAGAGUCCGAGGAUCCUCCGGCUGGACAUGCGGGAGAAUGAAAUCAAGACCGGAGGCCUCAUGGCUCUCUCGCUCGCCUUUAAAGUCAACUCAUCGCUGCUCCGACUCGACCUGGACCGAGAGCCCAAAAAAGAGACGGUGAAGUGUUUCAUUGAGACACAGCGCUCACUGCUGUCAGACAUUCAGAACGGCUGCAAGAGGAACUUCAUCCUGGCCAAAGAGAAGGAAGAGACGGAACAGAAGAUGAGGCAGUCGAUUUCAAUAGCCGAAAUCGCCACGGAGGACCAAACUCAAGAGGAUGAAGAUGCAUCUGCUGAGAAAAGUGAGGAAGAAAACACCACCGAUGAGGGCAGUGCAUCUGAGAGCCAAGAGGUCGACGAUCAAAACCCGACACUACAAGACGAUUCGGACUCGGACACAGAGGAUGAGGACGCAGCCGAGGAGCCGAAAACUCCUGCGAACACCACAUCUCCCAUAGCGAUUCCUGCAAUAAACGCCUGUAAGGCCGUGCCCUCGAUGCCUCCUCUACCAGGAUCACCAGGGGGAAUUACAGUGACCGAAGCUAGCGCUGUCCCCAGAGCCCCACCAUCUCCUGGCCGCUGCUUUUCGGUGUCUAGUCCUGGCAGAGGACGCAAAAUCUUUAUGGUAACACGUGUGGAAAGCCCUCCGGAGCAACAACAGACGACUGUAUUGGCGAAAGGCGUCAGCGAGUGGGCGGCACAGAGCCAAGCAUGCACACAGACUAAUCUAAAAGCACCUUUUGAUGCACGUUCACAACCGCCUGAGCAACCAACAGCAUCUGAGCUCAGCACGUUAACAUCACGUGCAGAAACAACACCAGCACCUGUUGAACCGCUCAACACGUCCAUGUCUUCACUUGCGGAUAAGCAGGAGAACCUGAAGGAGUCGCAGUCAGAAAUUGCACAGGAUCCUGCUACGCCAUUUGAAAGCCUGAAGGACGCUGUCUUUGUCGAUCAGACUCACUUAAAGCAACAGUUGACUGUAAAUACAAACACACAAAAAACGCAAGAGAUGCAAAAUGUAAGCGAGAAGGACCAGACGUUCUGUCCUCACACCAAGCAGAAACAGGACUCCAGUCCCAUCCAAACAGAGUCAUCAGUUUCAGGACAAUCCCAGGAUGAGACGCUAAGCCCAAAAGCCGAACCAUGUCCAGAACAGCUGCAGGAAGUUGGUAACGGAGAGAAACAAGUGCAAUCUAGUGAGCAGCAACGGGCCGCUCAGCUGCAGCCUUCACUGGAGGUCACAGCAGGUCACAAAGCCCUCGAUGAGGAGGAAGGCUGCAGUGCUCGAGCGGGAUCUCCUGACGUGAGCUCCACGGAAGAAGACAAAGGUCAUCCUGCUGGGAGCACAGGAGCAUCGCUGCCCAACGGGCUGAAGCCAGAAUUUGCCUUUCACCUGCUCGAACCCAAGGGACCCAAACCAGCCAGCUGCAUUAUGGAGCAUGUGAGCGUGACAGCAGAGCUGAGCUGUGGGCAGGAUUUAGAGGAGCUUCUCCUUGAUGCCAGUCUGGACACCAGCAGAGAUGCACCGUAAUGCUGUAACCAAGGAUCCACACAAGCAGAGAGAAUCAGAAGGGCCGGUUUGUUCUCGCCACAUGGCAUCCACUCAUAUUCCUCGGGUCUUUUUCCCAUCUUUCUUGUGUCUUUACCACAAAUUUUCCAAAUGUUGCAACAGAACACAGAGGACUCGCCUUCCUUCCAGUGUCCAGCUUUUAUUGAAAUUAGGAAAUUCAUCUCUUCUGUGAUUUAAACAUUUGCCAUAAAGUUGUAUGUUCCCAGUUACCAAAGACGCCCAUGCAGAGAAACGCACACUCGCUGACCUCCUUCUGUUCCUCCCUGUUACGCUGUCGACUGUGGCACCUCUCCGCCGCCCCCUGGUGGACUGGAGGUUAUAAUGCAGCACAGAGACUGACCGGCGGUAACAUGCGAAGCCAUUUCAUUGGUUUUGGCUUUCAGAUAUCGUCAAGCGAGCGGACGUUGUUGCGAGUCUCUGUGUGCGUUUGUCGUUAUUAGUGUCUCAUUAACACACAAAAAAAAAACUUGCACCAAAGUGAGAUCUGCUUUCCGUUCAUUCCUGCUGCUCAGGAAUCUGUCAGACCCCCCAUUUCUGAUCUCCGAUCUCACCAGGUACCCUUCAUCAACCAGCACUUCUGAAGGCAUCUGAUUUGUGCGUGAAUGUGUGGAACAAUCAUUUAGCGAGUCAUCGAAAUGAUUCGGACAUCUUCGUCCUCGGCGAACGAAUUAAUUGUACACUUUUCACUCUCUCUAAACACUCAUUCUGUCUUCCAUCGGUAAAACCCUGUGUCACCGUACGUUCCCAUCCGAAGACAGGACACGACACGUUUGCCUUUAAACCUUUUUUCAGCUCUUUACUCUGGCUGCUUUGCUGAAUCAGUUUGUAUUUAUUUUAAACAACCUGAGUCUGCUGUGUGAUUUUUUUUUCUUUUAUUUUCCUCCUCAUGUUCCCCAUCUUUUUUUUAAGCUGUUGUUGUGGGAUUUCCCCCCCUUUGGUGUAUAUUUUCAGAUCUAUAAAGAGCAAAUAUUAAGUUUAAGGUUUUCCUAUUUUGAUUGGUGGGGGUUUGGGAAAGGGGCGGGGCACUUUGGAUUGAUUUAUAUAAAUAGGGCUGGAGUAUAUCAUGUAAAUCAGGUGUGUGUUUGGGCGUGAAAUGAAGGCAGUAGGAGUGCAAGCACAAGACUUCAUGAAGAAAACACUACGCUUGUGUGAAGCUACUGCCGAUGGAGACACUAGAGACUACACUUUACCUCGAGAGACGUCGCCAUCGUCAGACUAACGUGGGAUUUUAGGGCAAACGAGAAGCUUGUGACACUGAAGCAAGGCUUGAGCUGAUCAGUGUAGUACUUCCCACCAUUCCUGGCUCUGUGGUUGGUGCUUUUCAGUUUCUCUCUCUCUCAAUGUCUGGUUGAUGUCGAUUCUGACGUCUAUCUGCCAGGCUUCAGAGAAGCUUUGCCUCUUCAUCCAGAUUGUCUUUGACCUUGAAAUCAACACUUCUGUGCUGCCCCCCAACCCCAUGUUUGUUAUGCGUUAUUUUUAGUAAUUUUUAAAAUGACCUGUUAAAUUAAUCAAACCGUACUGGUAAACACAAAGAGAUGUGUAUGGCUUUUCCCUCUCAAAUAAAUGCAUGUAAUGACAAAA